CGUGUGACUUUUCCACCCGACUGCGACUGGAUUGGAGAAUAUUCUCCCUACACAUCCGGAAGAGUGCCUGUCUACGUGACUGUGAUCCAGAGUCGGUGGCAAUUUUGAUCCCUCUCCCUUGCAAAUCAGCUUGCAAUGUAGGACGUAGGAUACCGUAUGCACCAUGGGACGUACCCUGGUCCCUGCAUGGACAUCGUAUGCUCCCAGACCCACUGGCAGCAGUUCCAGCCGGAGGGGGCGGCGUGAGCCUGAGGCCUGAAGGCAGCUCGGAAGGUAGGGUGAAUUGCUUGUGGGUUGGAGGAAAGCUUGAUCAAUGGCAGUCGUGCUGGCAAGGGCUGGCUGUUCUGCUCGCGCUCUGAGUGGGGGUUCGCGGCAAAGCCUUCAGGCCGAUCAGAAGCUUGCAAGAGGUUCACAGAUACUCCGCGCACGAACCCUCUUUGACACCAAUCGGCCACAUGGUUGUCAACCUGCCUUGCACCCUGGCUUCCUUCUACGUGCUCCAUUGGUUCCACAGCGGGAUCAGAAUGCUGCGCGCUGGGUGGUGGCCAGAGGAGGCCGGCCGUCAGGGGGCCAAGCAGGAGUGGCCGACAAGCGGUCUGAGGCGGGGGAGGCUGCCAAGCCAGGGCUGGGCCCCUCGGAGCAGCACAUCGGCCCAGCAGAGGAGGAGCCAAAGCUGCGGUGGGCAGCGGUGACGCAGUCUUUGGACAGCCUACCGGAGCGCUACAAGACGGUGCUCAUGACGAGUCUGGCCUUCGUCAUCUGCAACAUGGACAAAGUGAACAUGAGCGUGGCCAUCGUCCCCAUGAGCCACCAGUACUCGUGGAGCGCCACCACUGCCGGCCUGGUGCAGAGCUCCUUCUUCUGGGGCUAUGCGCUGAGCCAGAUGCCGGGCGGCUGGCUCGCAGCGCGCCUCACGGGCAAGCGCGUGCUGGCGGGCGGGGUGUUUGUGUGGAGUCUGGCCACUGCGCUCGUGCCGCUCACCGUGGGCUUCCUCCCUGGCCUCUACCUCUGCCGCCUCCUCGUUGGCCUGGGGGAGGGGGUGUCGCCACCGGCUGCAACGGACCUGGUGGCCAAGACGGUGCCCCCAGGGGAGAGGGCCCGCGCAGUGGCUACCGUGUUUGGUGGCCUCAACGUGGGUAGCGUUGCUGGGCUCCUGGUGGCCCCCGCCCUGAUUGAGUCGCUGGGCUGGGAGUCGGUGUUUUACCUCUUCGGCGCGGCAGGCAUUGUCUGGUGCUACGCCUUUAACAAACAGCAGCCCGUGCUGCCUGCCGACCCCAUCUCUGCAUCCGAAUCAGGCAAAUCCGACAACGGCGUGCGCGGGUCUUUACGCAGCCUGCGGCGACGCGUGGCCGCUCUUGGGGAGGCGACCGCAGCGGAGAUCGAGCGGGAGCGGCAGGAGCUGGAGGCCAGCACCAGCGGCAGCGACUCCGACUCCGACAAAGACAGCCACGCGCAGCAUGGGGCCGCUGGCCACGGGGGGGCCUCGUUCACCAGCCCCGAUGGGAAGGCCGUGCCGUGGCGCGCCUUCUUUGCGCGCCCCCCGCUGUGGUCCAUGAUGUACGUGCACUUCGCCGGCAACUGGGGCCACUUCACGCUGCUCGCGUGGCUGCCCACCUACUUCAGCGAGGUCCUCCACCUCGACCUCACGCACGCAGCCCUCGUGUCUAUUUUGCCGCCCCUCGCCUCCGUGGUCAUGUCCAGCGUGGCGGCCCCCUGGGCGGACGGCCUCAUCGCCGCCGGCACGCCGGUCACGCAGGUCCGCAAGCUGUGCCAGACGAUCGCCUUCCUGGGCCCUGCCACGUGCAUGCUGACCACGUCGCUGAACCCGGGCCUGCCCUCGUGGGCGGUCAUUGCGGUGCUGACGGCGGGCCUGUCCCUCGGCAGCUUUGCGCUCUCGGGCCUGUACUGCACGCACCAGGACAUCUCGCCCAAGUACGCCUCCGUCCUCCUGGGCAUCACCAACACGGUGGGCGCAGUCCCGGGCAUUGUCGGGGUGGCGCUCACCGGCAUCAUCUUUGAUCAGACCGACUCGUGGAAGUUGGCUCUCUUCUUUCCCUCCAUUUUCUUCCAACUAACCGGAGCCCUGGUGUGGAACAUAUGGUUCUCCGCCGAAACCCAGGAUUUCGAUGCAAUAGCAGAACAAGCGAAGUAGGACGGAGCGGUUCUCCUUGAAUGAGUUGACCUGAACUAUCCAGCAUGCUCACGGUACCUGAUUGCAGUCUCUGGUCGUCGUUGUGUAAAUAGUAAAGAUAUGGAGCUUUUACGUUCAAGUUCGAGUUGGUAAAUUGGCCCUUGCCUGGGGGCCCUGAUUUAAUUUCGGGUUGUGGAGCAUUGCCUGUCCAAAUGUUUCUUCCCUUUUGAACGAGGACUAUCAACUCGUUUGAAAAUACUAGGUAGCGCUCGGAAACAGUAACAGAUGUUUUGUCACACAACCUGUCAGUGACUGAUCGGUCGGUUUAGAAUUGACCUCAAUAGCAUUUCUGGUUGCGGUCAAUGAUUGAAACACAAGAUGGAAGCGUGCUACAUAUAUACCAUGU